AUGAAUUCCCUCGCGUUCGUCGCCACCCUCCUGUCCACUCUGCCGUCGGUCAAAGGCUUCGAUGUCAGCAAGUGCAUCUCCUCCAAGGUUGCCCGUGGCUAUGCAAAAUUCGCAGCAAAAAGCUUUUGCAUCGACCAGCGAGUACAGCGCUGCACUGACCAUCUCGCUGCCACGGUCAACGUGACGGACCCCUUGAUCACCCAGAACACGAUGCUGCGCGAAGGACGAUUGACCACCGUCCUUGACACGUGGUCGAACGUGCUCGCCAGGGGUCUUGAGGCCGACUCUUUCCAGGGCCUGCCAAAGGCGCGCAAUGAGGACAAGAACAAGGGCAGAAUGGACAAGGAGGGCUCGUACAACGACUAUGGGGGCGUCGAGACGGUGAAACACCUCUUUCGCAAGGCGGGCUUUGCUGUCGCGGGCCCCAGCAAGGCGGCCGUUGGCGCCGACUUGACCGUCCGAUUCCUUAAGGGCUGGUUCAGCGAGACGAUCAAAGGCGCGCCGAUCGAGAAGGUGGCGCUGCUUCGCCUGGACGGCGACAUGUACUCGAGUACGAUGGACACCAUCCGGCCCCUCUACCCUAAGCUCGCGCCUUCGGGCUACCUGCUUGUGGACGAUUACGGUCACUGGGAGCCGUGCAGGAGGGCAAUCGACGACUACUUCACACUCGAGCAGGGCUGGCUGCCCUCGUUCCAGUGGAGCGACUACACGGGCGUUUGGAUGCAGAAGCCGCGCGUGGCACCUGUCGCACCGCCCUCAACGAGCAGCUCCUAA